GACAAUUUUUACGUGACUUAAUUUCCUGAAAAUGGCUACCACAACACAAACUCGAAGGGGACAGGUAAUGUUGGGGGAUUUACCCCAAGACUUUCUACGAGUAACAGCAAGCCCUGAGCAGCAGCAGAUGAUGGCUGAUGCACAAGCAGCACAGUACUUACAGUAUCAACAGCCUGGGUUUGGUUUUUAUCCUGGCAAUGCAUCAGGCAGACUAAGCAUUACGGUUUCACAGGCAAAAUUAGCAAAGAACUAUGGGCUUACAAAGAUGGAUCCUUACUGCAGAAUUAGAGUAGGGCACUCUGUGUUUGAGACUCCUACAGAUCAAAAUGGUGCAAAGAAUCCCAGGUGGAAUAAAGUGAUUCAGUGCUAUUUACCCCAAGGAGUGGAUUCGUUUUAUGUGGAAAUAUUUGAUGAGAGGGCAUUUUCCAUGGAUGACAGAAUUGCUUGGGGCAUCAUCUCCAUUCCAGAGAGUGUUAUGAAUGGAGAUACAUCAGAUGACUGGCAUUCCUUAAAUGGCAAGCAAGGAGAUGGAAAAGAAGGAAUGAUCAACCUCAUUUUAUCUUACACUCCUGUUCAGAAUCUACCACAGCCGGCCCCACAGCCUGUAAUGAUGCAGUAUCCUGUGGGCUACCAGCAACCAAUAGUGAUAGCCCCACCAGGUCAGCCUAUCUAUCUCCACCAGUCUGCUGUUGGUGGUGUUCCCGUAUACUAUCCACAACCAGUGGCAUAUCCGCAGCAUCCACAGCAGCAGCAGCAAAUGCCCCAACAGCCAAUGUUUACACAGGAAGACAUAAAGCAGAUCAAGGAUAUGUUCCCAGACACUGACGAGGAAGUUAUUAAAACCGUUUUGGAGUCCAAUCGAGGAAAUAAAGACAGAACUAUCAAUCAACUGUUGACCAUUCAGGAUGAAGAGCAGCAGCAACAGCAGCAGUAAAUCAAGAUUUUUCCGUUUUGUUGUUUGUUCGUAAUUUUUCAUUUUGUAGUUCUGGUUGCCAUUUACUCCCAAAGCUGAAAUAUGAAUUUAAAUAAUAGUGACAUUUUAAAGUAGAUAAAAUCAAUUUAAGGCCAUAAUAAUGGACUCCUUAAUGUAGCAGCUUAAAAAUAAGCAAUUUUUUUCUUGCUUUGGAUUUGUGAUUUAUAUUGCAUCUCCUCCUGGAUAAUUACUCAAUAAUAUCUAGGACCUAGCAUAUUUAUUGGGUCUUAGAUAAGAUUGAAUAUGUUAUUGCAAAUAAUUUGCUUAGUACUUAUCUCAAGAAAGGAUUAAUAUAUCAAAUACGUGUUGUAAUGUAAUAUUCAGAUUGUUUUCAAAUUGUUGUUCAGCCUAUUGCACAGAAUGAAGAAACAAAAAUGUGAUGCUUGUGAGAUAUAGAAGCUUUUCUUUCAAAUGAAAGUAAUAAUAAUUUUGUAAAUAUUUCGAGAAAAUGGCCAAGAUCUGUGCAAUACUGAUGAAAUGAUAUGAAAUGAACCUGAACUCCUCAAAUUGACACCAAACCACAUUUUAUAAAAAGAAAAAAAAUUCCAAAAUAACUUUUUUGAAAAAAAAAUUUCCUUGUAAUGUGGACAUUAUUGUGAAAAUCUUAGGAGAAUUUAUAGACUAACACGUCUUGGCAUUAAAACGUAAAGCCAAUCAUGUUUAGUCCCACUUUUGUGCUAUUGUAUUUUACGGUUGUAUUUAUAACCAAACACAGCAAGUACGUUUGGUGAAAGCUGCCAUCAUAUAUAUGUAAAAGAUGUAAUCGUGAAAGCCAUGUAAAUAAACAUUAUACCAUUAUGAA